UGUCUCUGCUGCUCUAACUCAUGAAUGAUUAAGUCUUUCAAAUUGUCUUUAAUCGAAUUACCCUUUUUAAAUAAAACAAUACAUAUUAUACACUAUUUGAGCAAUCUUUAGAGCUGUAUAAAUCUAUUAAGAAGUGUUAUUUAAUUAAUCAUGGACGUCCUGACUAGACCCGCUGAAGAAUUUGGUAAUGAUGAGACUCUUGAACAUCUUUGGGCAGCUAGAGCCAUGGAACACAGUGAUAUUUACUUUAAUGUUCUCUGUUCGGUUGAUACGAGAUGGCUUCGUUUAACACCACACGACGAUCUCAUAUAUUCUCACUUCCGACAAGAUUUUCCAGAUUUGAACAUAUCCUACAUAAAAGAAGAUGAAAUAAAAAAUAAUGUUAAUAAAGCCAAGUGGCGUAUGUUUUGCGAAAAAUUUAAAAAUAUAGUUGAAGAUUACAGUUUUGGUACAUUAAUGCGUGCAGACACAAAAGGUGAUUACUCAGAACAAAACACCAUCUUAGUGCCCCGAGUUCAAUUCUAUGCAGUAGAAAUUGCGAGAAACAGGGAAGGAAUUAACAAUGAAGUUAAGAAAAGAUAUAAGUGCGCGUCCAAAGCCCAUAUGGAAGCUCAAAACAAUGCAAGAGAAAUAGUUGCGUAACAUGCCAUAGUUUUAACAGUAUCUUAACUAUGAACAAGUAUCUAAGUUAUAAUGUGUAUCGCUACAAUAAUAAUUGCCUUUUCAUAAAAACUUAAUCAAUCACUUCAGUGGAACAUUAUGUAGUGGAACAAUAAAAGCUAAUUAUUAUUAGUUUUAAUGAGACACUUGGAAAUUUAGUGAUUGGCAGCUUGUAAGACAAUAAGAACAGGUGUAUUAUUAAAUCUUUGUAUAUAUUUUACAGUGAAGUUUGUUGCAUUUAAUGUGUGGCAAUUAUCUACUCCAUUUAAAAAUAAAAUCUCUGAUCAUUGUCACUGAUGCUUUACAUUUUUAGUCAUUUAUCAUGAUAUAAUUAAUGUUUAUGUGACUUGCAAGAAAGGGCUGACUUUUAUUGAUAACACUCACUAAUUUAAACUUUUUCUAUGCAGUCAUUUAAUAUAUUGCUUUUGUAGUAACCAUAAAUAAUUAUACACAAGAAUAUUACGAGAUGUGACCAAUACUGCCGUUCUUAAAGAGUAAAAUUACUUCUAUAUCUACCUAAGAUCUUUAAAAAAAAACAACAAUAUAGUGCAUUUUUAUAAUGUAUAAUUUAAAUAUAAGUGUAAAAUUAGAAUAUCAUUUGAAACUCAAUUACUCUCUGACAAAUAUGUAUUUUUUAUUUAAAUAACUAUAAUAAAUAUAUUUUAGAAAAUUAUUGGUUUGGAUUUUGUAUAACUUAGUUGUAUAAUGACUAUCUCAUUUUAUAAUGACUUGUUAUUCCUAUAAAGAUGUCAUAUCAUGUAUUUAGAUUAAAGAAAAACUAAUUAGCUUUUAUUGUGUCCAAUUCAAAUUGAACAAUAUUUUUAACAUCUGUGAUAAGUUCAAGGCAGAGACAAUACCGUCUUAUCAUUAGUCAGCCUACAUUCCCAAACAAAAUAAAUUAUUUAUCAUGUUCAAACAACUUGUAGAAUAGGAUUGUUCCAUGUGAUAUCUGCAAUCUUAAAAAGCCUGCCAGAAAAUGCAAAACAUAUUAUUCUCAUACAAACAACCUCUAUUAGUUUUAAAUUAAAAAUGAAUGGGUGCUCAAUUACUCAUACAUUUUAUGAUAAUAAAUUUUUUUACUGA